GCACGCACAUCUCCUCCACUCGUCUCUUUCCCCUUUCCCCUUUCCAUCUCCACCCACAGCACCGCUGCCACGAACCAGGGGAUGAACGACGACGGCGACCACCGCAUGUUGUAUCUCUGUCGCACCAGCUGUGCCGCAGCAUCCAACGUCGCCGCCGCGUGCUUCGUCGCAGCACCCCGUCGCCGUCGCGGCAUCAGACGUUGCAGCAGCAGCAGUAGGAGGGUCACCCGACGUCGGCCAGGCAGAGGAGAGGUGCAGGGGCGAGUUGGGUGGGGAAGCACCACCACCAUGGACGACACCGGCGGACAUGGGGCUGCUCCUCCUCUCUUACUACUCAUCCGCAGCAGAGGAGAUGAGCUCCUGCAUGUAAUGGGGUGCAUGGACGACGACCAGGUCCAGCAGCAGCCAUGAACGGAGAGGAGAACGACGCCUAGCAGCAGCAGCAGCUCAACCGGAGUUACAACGAAGCCUGGCCAGAGUUACAAUGGAGCAACGCUGGGCCGCCGGAAACAUAGCCGGGGCUGCAAUGAAACCCCGCCAGAUGUUGGCCCAGACUCGACGACGAGUGCUUUCCGGUGACGAUGACGAUUGAUGACGAACAACGAACCUUGCUGAUGCACUCUCGUCGAGAUAACUUUACGCCGAGAUACACCACACCACAAGUCACAAGGAAGCUUGAUCUCCAAUACGUAUGUGCACAAGCUAGCACAACUCAACUUGAUGGGUGUCUUUGACCCAAGCUGACUUCCGGUUACACUAGCUGCUUGCACUUCCGGUUGCACUAGCCACAAGGCACAAGCUAGCUUUGCACUAGCCGGAGGUAUACACACAGGACCCCCUUGAUCUAUCUCGCCGGAACACUAUACGCGGAUACACCGAUAUAUGGCCACGGGAGCGUGUCGCUUCCGUCGUAAUAUCUUUAUUACUUUUA